AUUUAUUUUUCCAUGGAUGAAUUUAAAUCGUAUUCACUACGUCCACAAACAUCUCAUAUAUUCAAUAAAUUGAAACUCUUAAGACAUAAGUUAGUCAAACAACCCUAAAAACAACUUAAAUCUACUAGGUCAAACUACGUACCCGCUGACAUUAACAAUAUGAAAUACGUGAUAUCACCCAGAUAAAUCUUCGAAAAAUUCUCAAAAUCUGUAGUAUCCAUUAAAGGCAAGACUAUUUCAUAAAAUCGAAUAUAAUAUGAUCAAUCCUUUUUGGAUAGAUUACUACCAAAAGAGACUAUUAGAAAUAUGAAUAAAGAAUCAAGAAAAAAUAAUACUUUUUCUCCAUUGUUUCAACAACCUUAAGGAAGAAUCAAAACAGAUUGGAUAAACUCAAAAUAUAGAUUAUUUUGA